UUGGCCGUACCCAUGAAACUUUAACAAAAAUAAAUAUGAGAAUUUUGCAAAAAACUUAAUCAUUUAGUUUUGUUAAACAAACUGUAACUAAACUAAAGUGCCAAAGCAUUAUUCAGACUAGCAAUAUUUACAGCCCAGAAGUCUCUAACAAAAGUUGUGUAUCUACAAUCUACAAUCUUCGACAAUAUUUAUUCAUCAGCACACAAGAUAAAAUAUUAAUAGGCUUAUAGAUUAUAGAUAAUAAAAAUGAAAUCCACUAUCUUGCAAGAUUCCCCAUUACCUGCAAGAAGAAUCUCAAGAUUUAGCCUACGCCUUGAUUGACUUACAACCUUUGCGGAGCCACAUUUAAUAAUUAUGACUCUUCUAAAGGGAUUGCCGUAGAUUAUAAGAAUGGAACCUGCUAUCAAACGCAAAUCUGUCUAGACCUGUGAUGUGUUUACUCGUAUCUCCACUACAAGUGCUCCCGCGUUACAUCUCUAACAUUGCUUUACUCCGGUGUACUCGUCUAAGAACAUACCAGUAGAUAUCAAUUAUAAACCAAGCUACAUACGAGGUUCAAAUAAACUUAUGUAUCAUAACCAAACAAAUUGCAAAUUCUGAAAUAUCUAUCGAUUUUGUACAUGUGGUAGCCACGAGCAACGAAUCAACAAAUUGUAUUUCGUACACGUUGUAUUCAGGUCCUUUGCUUAGAAAAUAUUAAAUAAAAGAUAUUUAAUUUGAAAUGUAUUAAUAAUUAAAAGUACUUAGCAAAGACAAAUGACACAAUGGAAGAUUUAUUAAGCAAGGACAUUUUUAAAGACAAAGAUUUGUGUAAACUUUCGCCGGAUUAUGCGCCGUCUGAUGUGUUACUGCGGAUGCAAAUGAGAAGAUUAACGCACACUCACAAUCACCGAGUUGUAGCUGCUUCUAGCAGGCAAAGGAGGUCUGCAAAGAAGUCCAAUAGUCAAGUAAUGACAAGAGAAAUUGGAAAUCUUCGAAUAAAUUUUCACAAUAACAAUUUGAGAAAUCAGGUUUUAUUAAAACGUGACAUUAAUUUUAAUAAAAUACAAAAAAAUGAAUACAGUUAUUUAUCAUUGAAUGAUUUAGAAGACAUUGCAGAACUAUUUUUGCCACAAAUAACAAAUCACGACGAUUUAAUAAUAUGUAAUAACGAGAAAUUUAAAUUAAAUGUCAAGCCAAAACAAGAAGAAAAUGUGUCAAAUAGUAUAAAAGAGAGCCCAAAAAUUGCGCCAGUAUUCGACGGUUUAUUCACUUCUAUCGAAAAAGAUACUGCCAAUGAUAACGAAUUUAUUAGAAUAGAAUGCAAACUAAUAGCACCGACGAAUGAAUAUGAUGAAAACGCAGUUUUGAAUACUAAUCGUAGCGUUGAUAAAAAUGGCAUUAAAAACGAACUUCAAAUAGAUGCUUUGAAAACACAGCAGGUAAAUCAAAACAAAGAAGAUCUUAAGUCAUUACUUAUGAUGAUGGCGAUGUCAUGUAAAGUAACCGAUAAAGAAGAUCAAAUCAGUCCGUCUCCAAAUCUAAAAUGUACAGAUUUAAAAAUUGAAUCUGAUCAUUCUGAUCAUAUAACUCACAAUACAAAUGAAGUUUCUAAUGCCGAACUCGCAUCACGAAACAUAACUCAAAUUCUACAUGUAACUCCGUUGAGAGUGUUCAUAAAUGAUAGGCAAAUGAAAAUUCUGAAGAAAUAUGCCACGAAAUGGAAAGACUAUGUAAAUCACAGAAAGAAAAUCAUCUUGCAACAAAGGCAGGCUGCUUUGGACAACUUUUUUGAGAAGCUAUCUAAACGAAAAUUGGAUACGGAUCAAAUUGAAUCAGUUCAAAAGGCUAAAUUACUAGCACGGGAUUAUAACACUUAUCAACACAGGUACAAAAUUCAAAAACAUGUAAUAGCCCUUCAAAAGGCAAAACUAGAAGAACAAAACCGUUUGAUAGAAGAACUCAAAUACAACAAAAUAGUAGAAGCAUCGAAGCAGUCGGUUGAGGAUAUGAGGGAGGAAAUACGAAAGACCUAUUAUGAAAUCGAUAGACAAUUGAAGCCGAAGAUAAAGUGUUUGACUAACGAACUCAAGAUCCAUGAUAUUGAAGAACCGGCCUUAGUGUUACAUUGCCUGAAAGUGCCCCAAUUUUUACAAAGAAUGGAGAAACGUGCUCGGGAACGAGAGGAAAAACAUGCAAUAAUUCGAGAAAGACGCCGGCAGUUAGAAGAAGACCGAAUAAGGCUUAAACAACAGGCAGAACUAGCCAAAGCAGAGAUGGACAAAGAAGAGAAAAUGAAAAGGAUUAUUGAGCUUCGCGAAAAGAGGAAAAAAGAGAGAAUGGAAGCUAUUAGAAAGAAACAACAUGCUGAUAGAAUAAGAGCCUUAAUUGUAAUGGCAGAUUUACAUUACGAGCGAUACCUAAUGGUUAAAUAUGGAAUAAGACCAUUUAGGAAGCUGUUACAAAAAAGGAGAAAUAAUAUUGAAAAAGCAAAAGCUCAUUACACUUUUCAACUAAAGAAAAAUAUUUUUUUAAACUGGAUGUGGUAUACUGAAGACAUGUGGUUUGAAAGAAAUUACAAAGCAGAUGAUUUCCAUAGAAAAAAGAUUUUAAGGAAAGCUUUUGAUGCUUGGAAACAGGUAAUGGUUUUUGCACAACAAGCAUACAUACAGAAGAAACAAGUGGCUGAUGAUUACUACGACUUUUAUGUGACGCAAUUGGUUUUCCGUCAUUUCCGCAGAGGAACAGAAGUCGUGAGAAAAGAAAACGAAUUAAAGUUUCAAAAGGGUGUAAUGUUUUACAACAGCAAUUUGCUAUUCAAGGUCUUAACUUGUUGGAGGACUUUGCCAGCUUUGAAUGCUUUGAAACGAGAGCAAGAGGCUAGAAAAGCAAAAUGGCGGCAAAAGGUAUUACAAGUGGUACCAGACUACGUGCCACCAGACGAUUAAUUAUAUUUCUCUCGAUAUAAAUGUCCUAGUCAUACUGUGGCUUAUUAACUAAUGCUCUUUAGUUUUUACUGCUUUUGUUUUCCCUGCCUCAUCACGUGGGUAAAUAAUAUUUACUACCUACCUAUUACGGGGUUUUCAAUUGCGUUAUUUUAAUUCGAUUGAACUUAUCUGAAAUUUUCAUCUCAUUCAAUACCCUAAUUUUAGCCAUUAGUCCAAUGUAAGUAUUGAUGUGAUACAAAAAGGGAAGGUGAGAAAAAAUGACCCUUUUUUGCAAUCAAGCAAAGUAGACUUUUCAUCGCAAUUAUUUAUUACCCCCAUUAGUCCUGUGUAAAUAUAUCACAAAUUACAAAGUGUUAAGAUAAAAUUGAUUUAAUUUUUAGCUCGUAAGUAGAACUCCAAUUAUUUUUCGGCAAUUAAAAUAAAAGAGUCAAAUAGAAAUAUGAAUAAGUGUAUUUAUGAGUAUAAAGGAUAAAUGACUUCUAAUAAUACAAAUUGCUGGAACUGGAAUUAUUAUUACACAUCUAUUUACACAAUAUACCUAACAUGUAUGUGUGCGUAGCAUAGACAUACUCUAUGUAUUGUAUCAAAUUACAGUAUGUUUUUUAUAAAACAUUCUGGCCACAUGUUUUGUCACGUCUUUUUUAAACCUUGUAUAAAAGAUAUGUUAAUAAGUUUGUGAGCGCCCAACUUGUUUACCGCGUUAUAGCCGCAUACAAAACUAAUGAGAGAUUUAACUUACUAUAAAUCUUUGAGCAAUAAUUUCCUCCUUUAAAUAUACAUUGUAAAUAAUAAGUAAUUCAUAAGGAAUCAAGCUAUCUAGGAUUGUAUAUAAAAGAAACAUUAAGUUAUGCACAUAAUGUAAGAAUUUAAAUAUAAAAAUAAAUAAAAACACAUGAAAACCUAGUUUUAUUACUAGAAUAAUCAUUGGAUAUUCAAAAUAUAUUAUAACGUUAUUUCUUUAUUUGCCACUCCCGAGUUGGU